ACUCUGCACUCUGGCAGGUAGCUCCCGUUACUCAAGCAAACAACAACACUCUCCUCGCUAUAUACCGAAUUUCUCUCCCUCAGACCACAAUCAGACAAAAUGGCCGACGUGGAAAUGGAAGUUGAUGUUGAGGCGGGCUCUCCCCCUCCCCCGGCGCGAAACGAAUCCGACAUGCAAACACACACCAAAGCCACAGCCGUCCGCUCCAUCGAAGGCUGGAUCAUCGUCGUAACAAACGUCCACGAAGAAGCAGACGAGGAAGCCCUACAAGAUCUUUUCGGAGAGUACGGCGAGAUCAAGAACAUGCACCUGAACCUCGACCGAAGAAGCGGUUACGUAAAGGGAUACGCGCUUAUUGAGUACACGACACUGGAGGAGGCCCGCGCUGCUAUUGAUGGUGCGCAUAACCAGAAGCUGCUCGACCAGACGAUCUCGGUGGACUUUGCGUUCGUGCGACCUCCGCCAGGCAAACCUGGGCGUGGACGAGGCGCUGGUGGACGGAACAGAGGACGAAGCAGGAGUCGUAGCCCCGAGGGCAAGGAUCGUGAGGAGCGCGAUUGAGCGAGACGAGUCGAAAAUCAUGGGAUGGACAAUAGUACUGGAUGAGAAAAUGCAGAGACUUGAUACAUGCGCAACCGCCGACGUGCAUGGCCAGAGCACGUUGGCAGUGUAAUUUUGAUACACGAGAACAGAAUGAGAAUAACACUGGGACACGACCCUUGGCCUUGGACUUGUCAAGGGAUUCAAUGGCCUCUUUGAACAAAAGCUAGCACUUCAUGAACCCAUACUUAAUGUGACGUGCAAAUACAACUUCUCUGAUGGGCGCCGUGACUUCGGUAGGGGACGCUUAGAAAGUGAUCUGAUGCGGACUUAGGGACAGUUUACAAUCGGACGACAGAAGCUUCACAAAUGUGCG